GCCUACUCCAUUUUUCAUAUGCUUAAACUGGGAGUUGUUUCAGUCACACACGACAAACAGCUUCUUCACCCGCUUCUUAUCUCAUGACGACAUCUGUGAGAUAAAAGCAGCAGCAGGCUGCUGUUCGGGAUUAUUGUCAUCUUCUGCCUCACCACAACGUCCGAGACAUGCAGUCUGUGCUUAAACACAACUUCCACUGUGAGUGUGAAGGAGACAUCAACAAACUCAUCAACUUGAAACUUCAUGCGUCCUACACCUAUCUGGCUCUGGGCAUGUAUUUCGACAGGCAUGAUGUCGCUUUGCCCAAAUUUUCCCACUUUUUUCUCGAGCGUUCAGUGAAAGAACAGAAACAGGCUGAGGAGCUUCUGGAAUAUCAGAACAUGAGAGGUGGUCAAAUUUUACUUCAGACCAUUGCUAAACCAAGCAGAGAUGACUGGAAAGGCGGUUUGGAUGCAGUGACCUUCUCCUUGGAAUACCAGAAGUCCCUAAACACAUGCGUCCUUGAUGUGCACCGCAGAGCUGGUACCCACAGCGACUGUCAUCUGUGUGACUUCCUUGAGCAAUAUUUCCUCACUGACAGCCACGACACCAUCACGGAGCUCGGCAACCAUGUGGGCAGCCUGACUCGAAUCACUGCGUCUGAGAUUCAGGGAUCUCUGGGAGAAUACCUAUUUGACAAACACACUCUGUGAGAGUCACAGUAAUGUCAUGAGAUGAGCACCACUUUUUAAAAUGGAGAUCAAAUUUUGCUCGUCAAUGUCACAAGAAAAAAAAAAAGUUUGGAAGUAUGACUGACAAUAACUUUGCUCUAGAAUAAUUCCACAGUGG